CUAGUUUGAGUACAAGUUUUUUUUUUCAUUCACAAUGAGUUUCUCUGUGAUACUGCGGGAUUUAGAUGAAGAAAAGGAGAGGGCAAUUCGUCAGCUGUUUGAAAUAAAUGGCUGGUCCUAUAAUGCCGAACGACUCCCACACCAAACUUCUAGAAAACGAGGAAGAUACCCAGUGAAUACGGAUACGCGGGAUGGCGAUGUACUGGCCAGUGAGGGUGGAGAAACUUUGCCCCCCGGACCAGACGCGACACCUGAAUGUCCACACUGCUUCCAGGAACCCUGCAUAACAGUAGGAGGUCGCGACGUCGAGUUUAUCGGGAAGGGACAGGCGGCUUGUCCUCAAAAUCGAGCAAUUCGGAAUAGCAUAUAUACAAAUGCUAGAAUUCGUAGGACUCUGGAGGGACAGGAGAUACCUGGAUAGAAAAAUCGCUCUGGCAGAAGGUGAAUGGAUGCUGUGCCACAGGCGUGAAGUGAUGCCCACUUGCGUUGUGCAAAAAGUACGAACACUGUACCCAAACCCAGAUGCAGUGCCGUAUGUCGGUCACCAAUGGGAAUAAAAAAAAAA